AUGUUGAUACUAUUCUUCUUAACAACGGUAUUAGCUCAGAUUAAACCAGAUGGUGUUAAAUGGCAAGAUUGGCAUAUGUUACAAGAACAUGGUAUAGAACAAUAUGAUGCUAAAUUAUUUUUCAAUCUUCAUGAUUUAGAUGGUAAUGGUAAAUGGGAUAGAAAUGAUAUUUUAAAUCUUUAUGGUUUAGUUCACUCUACAAUUAUUGGUGAUGGUUCCGGUAUGGGAUCAAGUAAUAUAAAAGUUACUAGUGAUCUACAAGAUGAUGUUGUUAAUAAAUUUUUUGAAAUAUUUGAUAAUAAUAAUGAUCAAACAAUUACAAUUGAUGAAUUUGAAUCAUUUCAUAAUCAAGGUAAUGAAUUACCAGAUUUUGGUUAUGGAUCUGGACAUCAUUUGAAUUUUGAAGAUGAAUACGAAGAACAUCAUUGGAAUGAAUAUCAUAAAGAUCAAGAUCCGGAUGUUUUAAUUAAACAUAAAGAAGAUAUUGAACAUGAAUUAUUACAUCAUAAACAAGAAAUGGAAGAUAGUCAUGAAUUAUCAAAUGUAAGAGAUUAUACAAAACAAUUUUUAUCAAAUAUAAGAUUAAAUAAUUUAUGUAGUAAAUAUUUAAUUUAA